AUGAAGGUUCAGCUGUCUUCAAACAGAACACAAGAAAUCAUAAAGACUAGUUUUGACGAUGAGUAUGAACAGGAGAAUAUCCGAACUGCUGAGGAAGUACAAGAAUCUUUAGAUUUUAUUGAAGAUCUGAAGUUCUUUUUGACUACUGCCCCAGUCAAUUGGCAAGAAAAUCAAAUCAUUAGAAGGUACUAUUUAGACAAUAAUCAAGGGUUCAUAUCGUGUGUCUUUUGGAGUAAUCUUUACUAUAUUACAGGGACUGAUAUUGUCAAGGCUUGCAUGUACCGAAUGGAGAAAUUUGGAAGAGCAAUUACCCAAAAGAAAAAGUUUGAAGAAGGUAUAUUUUCGGAUCUAAGGAACCUUAAAUGUGGGGUUGAUGCCACUUUAGAACAACCAAAAUCUAAAUUCUUGGCAUUUUUAUUUAGAAAUAUGUGUUUAAAGACUCAAAAGAAACAGAAAGUGUUUUUCUGGUUUAGUGUGCCGCAUGAUAAACUUUUCGUUGAUGCUCUCGAGAGAGAUUUAAAACGAGAGGCUCAACAUCAACCAACCACAACAAAAGCUAUACACGAACCUGCUCUAUCCUUUAAUUAUGAUCGCUUCCAUGGGAAACAACUGUAUGAUCAGUUAUUGACGCACAUAAAAUCACAGAGAGAAACAAUAAUUCUUUCUGCAGAUUUAGGAACGACACGAAAUGAUAAGAAGCCAUCGAUAGGAAGUAAGGUAAUUAAACAAGAGAAUACUGAGAUACAGAAGGUAGAAAUGGCUAAUGAGGAAGGUAAGGAUGUCACACCAUAUGUAACAUCUACUUUUACUCCAGAGAAUCUUGUCGUUAAACCAGUAAAUCUAAAUCCCGCCCCAGGUGUAAUAAGUGAUGCAAACAUAAAACCAUUAACGAAUGACAUACACCUGGAUACUUUUCCAAUCUCAAUUGAGUAUCCAGAAAACGAUAUAGAAAGUUACGAAGCACCACUUUUAUCAAGCACUUUUCCAACUUUGAUGCAACAAACGGAUGGAUAUUUUGAACCUUACAUGAAUUUCGCAAACCAGUACGUAAUGCCAUCAAGUGGGAUUCCUUUCCAACCACCGACUCCCUUUAUAUUCCCAGAACCAUCUAAUUCAAAGACGAAUUUGGAGCCCUCAAGACAAAAGGCUAAGAAUAGGCGACAAACUAUCGAGAUCUCAAAUAACGGUAAGACAGAAACCAUUCAAAGUGCGAAAAAUAGUGCCUACCAAAACUUUGCGAAGACAGGAAAGAAUAAUGAUCAUUAUAUGCAAGAAAACAUUGAGGCAUAUUAUCGAUCUCAAGAAGCAUAUAAACAAGAUUAUCCAGUUUGGAAAGGACAGUCAUCGUAUAAUCCGUUGCCAUCAUCAUAUGGCAGCAACCCAUCAGACUUUUUACCGCAAAUGGUCGAGCAACCUAAUUAUGGCUUUGAAGGGUUUUCUCCUUUAAAUAAUAUCUUUCCAAAUGACUAUUCAUAUUCACAACAGACAAAUGCAAACUGGCCAGCAAUUGCUCCCCAAUCCAUAAUUGUACCGAACGGUUACAUGCCUAGCCAGUAUACCCCUAAUAUGAGCGCCAAUCUUGGUAGCUCUUACUUAAUAAGAACACCCUGGCCUCAAUCAGCAACAGGGAAGUUCCACCCGUCAUUUCCAAGCGGUAAACUGCAACUAGGAAGAGCACCAUUGCAAAGAAGACCGCCUAAAUCUAGUACCAAAGUAAAAUUCAUUAAUGCAAAUAAAAUAGCAAAGCAUUCUCGGGAAGAAAUUACUAAAUCAACUCGCAAAUUUAACAGAACGACGCUGGAUGUUAUAAAUAAAGAUACAGAACUUAUGGAUAAUAUAAAUGACUCUGAUAAUAUUUAA